CGACAGCUCCAGAAGGUCCCCUCCCCCACAACCUGAAACUUGGACUGGAUUGACCCUGACCAUCUCAACUACAGACAACACACCUUUGCAUUGACACAUCAUUCACUUUGACAUCAUGUUGUUUGAAAUCGAUGGAAUGCCUGUCUAUUUUCCAUAUGACAGGAUAUACCCAGAGCAAUAUGCAUACAUGUGUACCCUCAAACAAACACUGGAUGCUCAGGGCCAUGGAGUACUGGAGAUGCCCUCAGGAACUGGAAAGACGGUGUCGUUGCUGUCUUUAAUCCUCUCAUAUCAACAGUUCUAUCCUGAAAAACGUAAACUAAUUUACUGCUCACGUACUGUUCCAGAGAUCGAAAAGGCUCUAGCAGAGUUGAAACGGUUAAUCGAAUAUAGAAAGAGUUGUGGAUUAAAAGAAUCCAUCCUAGGCCUUGGAUUGACUAGUCGUCGUAAUCUAUGCCUUCAUCCAUCGGUCAGCAAAGAGAAAAAAGGCAAAGUUGUAGAUGCACGAUGUCGUAAUUUGACUGCAUCUUGGGUUCGUGAGGCAGCACAGACACAACCAGAAGUAGAGACUUGCUCAUUUUAUGAAACUCUGGAGAAUAGUGAUUUACGGGAGGAGGUUGCAGAUGCAAUCUACACACUGGAAGAUAUCAAGGAAAUGGGAAAAGCAAAGAACAUUUGUCCAUACUUUAUGGCGCGAAGACUGCUUACGUACGCAAACGUUAUCAUCUACUCAUAUCAUUACAUGCUGGACCCUAAAAUCGCAGAUUUGAUUUCAAAGGAACUGUCCAAGGAUUCAAUUGUUGUAUUCGAUGAAGCUCACAAUAUUGAUAACGUUUGUAUUGAAUCAUUAAGUUUGGAUAUCAUACGCCCGACGUUGGAAUCGAGCGCAAAAAGUAUUGCACAUCUAACAGAGAAGAUUGAAAAUAUGAAGAAACAGGGCUCAGAAAAACUAAAGAACGAGUAUGAGAAGCUAGUACAGGGACUUCAGGACACACUCCAAGCCAGAGAUGACGAUUUGAUCAUGGCAAACCCAGCGCUACCUGAUGACCUCUUGCAUGAGGCUGUGCCUGGCAACAUUCGCAAAGCUGAACAUUUUGUCGCGUUCUUGAAGCGUUUCAAUGAAUAUCUCAAAACACGGCUGCGGGUUCUCAAUGUCACUGCUGAGACACCUUCAUCGUUCCUAAGACAUCUAAAGGAAAUCACCUACAUUGAACAGAAGCCUCUACAAUUUUGUGCUGAACGACUUUCAAUAUUGAUCCGCACCUUGGAAUUGAAUAAUGUGGAUGAAUUACAAUCAUUACAAAAAGUUGCAGCUCUGGCUACAUUGGUUUCUACUUAUGACAAGGGGUUUAUGUUGGUCUUGGAGCCAUACGAAAACGACAAUGCCACAGUACCCAACCCGAUCUUACGCUUCGCCUGUCUUGAUGCAUCUAUUGCUAUUAAGCCUGUUUUUGAUCGGUUUUCGUCUGUCAUCAUCACCUCAGGGACGCUAUCACCCUUGGAUAUGUACCCCAAAAUCUUGAAAUUUACGGCAACAGUCCUAGAAAGUUAUCCUAUGACCUUGACCAGGAAUUGUUUUCUACCAAUGGUCAUUACUCGAGGAUCAGAUCAGGUGGCAAUCUCCUCUAAGUUUGAGGUACGAAACGACCCUGCUGUAGUCAGAAAUUUCGGCAAUAUUCUGAUCGAAUUUGGCAAGAUCGUACCAGAUGGUAUCGUGGCUUUCUUCCCUAGUUAUCUUUACAUGGAGAGCAUUAUUGCCAUGUGGCAUGAGAUGGGUAUUUUGACGGAAGCAUGGAAAUCAAAGCUAAUCUUUGUAGAAACUCCCGAUGCUGCCGAAACAUCAAUCGCGCUGGAUAACUAUCGUCGUGCAUGUGAGAACGGCCGUGGCGCCAUCCUACUGGCUGUCGCUCGUGGUAAAGUGUCUGAGGGAAUUGAUUUUGAUCAUCAUUAUGGACGAGCGGUCGUUAUGUUUGGUAUUCCCUAUCAGUAUACGGAAUCAAGGAUUCUUAAGGCGCGUCUCGAGUUUUUGCGUGAUGAGCACAGGGUGCGCGAAAAUGACUUUUUGACAUUCGACGCAUUACGUCAUGCAGCUCAAUGUUUGGGACGUGUUUUGAGAGGAAAAACAGAUUAUGGACUGAUGGUUUUCGCAGACAGACGAUAUGCUCGUCAAGACAAAAGAUCCAAGUUGCCAAAGUGGAUCAAUCAAUACAUUACAGAUACAAGUGUGAAUUUAUCUACGGAUAUGGGCAUCGCAAUUGCAAAGAAGUUUUUGAGGUCUAUGGCACAACCACUUGAGACACAGGCUCAGCUGGGUGUCAGUCUGUGGACAUUGGAGGAUGUCCUUGCAAAACAGAGAUCCCAGAAGGAGAAGUUGGAAAGAGGAGGACAAGGUGCGUCACAUUAUCAAUAUGGAUCUGCUGAUGCACAAAAAGUAGCCCAAGACCGAGCUACAGGAGCCGUCUAUAUGGACGUUGGGUACUGAAAAAUCCCCACUUCAGGAAUCUGCAU